AGAGUUGAGAGUCUCCCCGUAUGUGCCUCUUUAUGUACUAAAACACUUGUAGACACAACACACUAUUUUCUCUCCUCAUUCAGCCCUCUCUCCACGCUAAAAUUCCAAAAACAGAGAUUUUUCUUAUUCCUUCUUAGUAAUCCUACUCCUUCACUCCAUUAAUUCAUUCUUAUCUACCCAUGAAAGCUCAACUCUGCUAAACAAAAGGCUUUGUUUUUCACGUGGCUUUUUGACAUUUUCAAGCUCUAUAAUGGAGGUGGAGUCAGUUGAGCUGGAUCACAAUGGUAAUUGCAUUAGAGAGACAUCCAUUGAGAGUUUAAUUUCUCCAUGUUCUCCUGAUCCAAGCAAUAUAUUUGGAGAUCCAGUAUUGAAUCCUCGAGUUGGUGAAGACUACCAAGUCACUGUUCCUCACAUGAUAGCAAAAUCUGAGUGUCUUAAGCUGUUGGCUAACCCUAUUGAUUUGGAAACUUCCAAUAUUUCUUAUUCCUUUCUAGUGGGCUUACCUGUCCCACUUACAUGGUUCCAUAAUGAGGAUGAAGGGUUAGGAUCUAUAACAAACUCUGACAACACAGUCGAUGCAAACAAGUCUCUUGAAACUAGAAAUGGAAAAAAUGACCGGACUUGCGUAAGGAAGAAAAGUUCAGAACUCAAUGUUGAAUCCUUGGGAAUUGGGUUGGAACAUAGAGAAGCAAAACCAGAAAAAUUGGACCCCAUGUUGAAUGGAAACAACAGCUGCUAUCCAAUUCCAAGUUUACCAAGUGACUCUUGGAGUAAUUCUGAAGUGGAUAGUUUUCUUCUUGGUUUAUAUAUAUUUGGAAAGAAUUUUUUUCAGAUUAAAAGAUUCAUGGGCAACAAAGACAUGGGGGAAAUUCUGUCAUUUUACUAUGGGAAGUUCUACAGGUCUGAUGCAUACCGGAGAUGGUCAGAUAGCCGGAAGAUUAAAAGAAAAAAAUGUGUAACUGGACGAAAAAUAUUUACUGGAUGGAGGCAACAGGAGUUGUUAUCUCGAUUAUCUCCACAUGUCCCAGAGGACUCUCAAAAUUCCUUACUUGAGGGCUACAAGUCAUUUGCCGAGGGGAGAAUUUCAUUAGAAGAAUAUGUCUCCACUUUAAAGUCUAGUGUCAGUAUUCCCAUACUUGUGGAAGCAGUAAGAAUUGGUAAAGGUAAAGAAGAUCUCACAGGCUUUGCAAUGGAUCCUGGAAAGAGCAAUCAUGAUGUUUUAGUUUGUCCCCUCUUACCAACUGGUCAGGCUUGUUCAUCCCUCACAUCAGAUGACAUAGUGAACUUUUUGACUGGUGGUUUUCGGUUGAGCAAAGCUCGUUGCAAUGAUAUCUUCUGGGAAGCUGUUUGGCCUCGUUUGCUCGCAAAAGGAUGGCACUCUGAGCAACCAAAAAAUCAGGGCUAUCUCAGCUCUAAACACUAUCUUGUUUUUCUUAUGCCAGGAAUACAAAAAUUCUCAAGAAGGAGACUUGUAAAAGGAGAACACUACUUUGAUUCUGUUAGUGAUGUCCUGAAUAAAGUAGCGUCUGAACCAAAACUUCUUGAGCUAGAAGCUGAAGAAUCUUCUGUUGUAGGCCAAAAUGACCAAGAUGCAUCAGACCAGGACGACCCUUCUGAUUCUCAACGACAUUGCUACCUUAAACCCAGAGUCUCUACUUGUACCUCAACCCAGAUGAAGUUUACUGUUGUGGAUACCAGCUUGAUUUAUGGAGGAAAAUCAUCAAGUAUAAGAGAACUUAGACAUUUACCUGUUGAAUUUGAAAGAGCUGCAAAAGAGACUCAUUAUUCGAUGGAAAAUGAAAGGGAUUCUGAGGGUGAUCUAGAUGAAUUUGAGACUGUUGAGAAGCUCUUCCAUAGUGAAAAGGCCAAACACAACAAGGGUAGAUCUGACAGUGAUGGUCCAAAUUGUAUGAAGUUCACUGUUGUUGAUACAAGUCUAGUACAUGGAGGAAAAUCUUCAAAAGUGAGAGAACUGAGAUACUCACCAAUGUUAGUUAAAAGUGCUUCUGAGUUGACUGGUCUUUUAAGAAAAUCUGGAACCGUUGAGGAUUCAUCAGGCAGACAAGAAAAAGAUGUUACUGAUAUUUCAUCUAAAGGUAAAAAGAAAAUUCAAAAAUCCAAUCUCCAAAAGAAUUUGCAUGAUAGUAAAAAUCAAGUGGCAACCAAAAACCACUCAGAUACUACAAAUAAAAUGGGGACACAAGUGGAUCAGAACUCUGGGAUAUCUGGUGAGAAGCAUUUGAAGAAGACUGUUUUGCAUCAAUUUAAACGAAGAUCAAAAUCUGGGCAUUCAGAUUAUGUAGUUCCUCUCAUCAAAAGACGGAGAUUGACUGCCUGCGCAAAGGCAAAGACGCCUGACCUCUCUCAAAAUGGCUCCCUAGGCUUAGGGUCAAAACAAAUGGAACUCCAAAGGACAACAAAGUCACGUGAAACUAUCAAGAAUAUCACUUUUCACGUCCGCCCUCCUCGUGAAAAGGAAUCCUCUGUUACCUAUCUGGCUGAAAGCAAACCACUUGAAGAUGUUAAGUCGAAAGUUUUGAGAGAGAAUUGUUUUGACAAGCACAGCUCAGAAGGAAUAAGUAAGAAACAUCAAGCUGAAGCAUCAAAUAAUGCACACCCACCUCAGGGUGGUAUGCUAGACUCCAAAAACCAUGAAAUGUUAAUUGAGGAGAACGACGACACCAAGAGAGUGAAUAUGAAUGGUAAUUGCUCUCCUUCUAAAGAAAAAGAGCUUGUUUAUGAGACAUUGAAAACUACUGAUGUGAGUACAUCUGAGGAGAACCCUACCAUGAACAGGAGGCAAAGCAAGAGGAACCGGCCAUUGACUGCUAGAGCAUUAGAGGCCCUUGCAAAUGGGUUCUUAAAUGUUCAGAGGAGGCCAAAAAGUACAGACAUUCUCUCAGGAGGAGAAAAUCCCUUUUCAAGUCCUUGCCGCAAAGCACGUAGCAAAGUCAAAGCUACUCCAACUCCAAGUCAUGGUGAUCCUCUUGCUGGGAUUGUGGCAGCAGGAAAUGACAAAGAAGUGGAUGGAGCUUGUGAUGACAAGAAACAUAAACAUAUGAUUAGCAAACCACUCGAUCAAGUUGAAGAAGAGAAGCGGCUCUCUAACCAUUAGAACUUUGCAGAGGUUUUCGAUCGUCUUAAGUUUUGUUUUUGACAGAAUUAUUUGAUGAAAUGCUGAAGUUUCCUCCUUGUGCCUGAAAUUUUGAAUUUGCUGAGGCAAAACUGCAAAAGGCAUUUAGUGUCAAGUCCUUUAAUUAUGUUGGAUUUGUGACACUUUGAAGUUGGAGCAAAAGCAAGUUCCCAAAAUGGGAACUGAACCAGGCUGUUUAUAUUAAGAGAAUGGGGGGAUUUAGUUGUCCAACAAGGGCUAAUCAAUGAAAAGAGAAGCUAUGGAAGCACUGAAGAAUCCAUGUCAUCUGAGCUAUGGAAGAUUUGUUUCAAGAGUUAUGCUCUGAUCAAGUUUCGACUGUGUAAUUAUCAGUGACUUUCUGUAAUUACGUGUUCUAAUACGAUGUAAGUCUCUCCUGUUCUUAUCAUUCCUUUUGUAUUGAGACACAUUUUUAAAUUUUGUGUGAUAUUCUGAUAGCUUUUGGAGUAACUCAAACUGUCAAAGACUCCUUCCUUAUCAUGUUCCAUACAACAUAAUUUAGCUUCUAUUUCUUAGCUAUUCGGUCA